AUGUCCGAGCUCAGUGACGAGGCCAGCGAGCCGGAACUCCUGAGCCGCAGCUUGUCCAUGUGGCAUGGGCCGGGAACGCAGAUCAGCCGGGAGGAGCUGGAUGUCCCCUUGGACCUUCACACGGCUGCCUCCAUCGGCCAGUAUGACGUGGUGAAGGAGUGCGUGCAGCGGAGGGAGUUAGAUUUGAAUAAGAAGAACGGCGGUGGCUGGACUGCGCUGAUGUACGCCUCCUACAUCGGACAUGACACCAUCGUGCACCUGCUGCUCGAGGCGGGGGUGAGUGUGAAUGUGCCGACCCCGGAAGGGCAGACUCCACUGAUGCUGGCCUCCAGCUGUGGCAACGAGAGCAUCGCCUACUUUCUCCUCCAGCAAGGUGCUGAGCUGGAGAUGAAGGACAUUCAGGGCUGGACUGCCCUCUUUCACUGCACCAGUGCCGGCCACCAGCAGAUGGUGAAGUUCCUUCUGGACAGUGGAGCGAAUGCCAACGUGAGGGAGCCAAUAUAUGGAUUUACUCCUCUGAUGGAAGCAGCAGCUGCUGGCCAUGAGAUAAUCGUGCAGUAUUUUCUGAAUCACGGUACAACUGAAGGCUCCUUUCUACCCCUUUCUGAUUCCAUCUACCUUCCUCCUUCUCCAGAGGGUGUCAAUGUGGACACGAGAGACCACAGUGGAGUCACAGCCCGGAUGCUGGCCAGGCAGUACGGACACAUGAAGAUAGUGGCCUUGAUGGACACUCAUUCGCCCUCUCUGCCCAAGAGCCUCUACCGGAGCCCAGAAAAAUAUGAAGAUCUGAGCUCUUCGGAUGAAUCAUGCCCUGUUCCUCAGAGACAGAGGCCCUGUCGGAAGAAGGGGCUCAGCAUCCAUGAGGGGCCACGAGCCCUGGCCAGGAUCACUGCUAUGGGACUCGGAGGCAGGACCCUGCAGCCCAGCUACGAGCAGGUGCCUCCACGGGGCUAUGUCACCUUCAACAGCAGUGAUGAGAACCCCCUGGAAGGGGAGGGCCUCUGCUACCGGGAUGUCACCUCCCCAAUCAACGACCGGGAUGUAGAGAGCAGCAGCAGCAGCAGCCGGGAGGAGCAUGCGUUCUGCAUCAACCUUGGGACUGUGAGGAGCAGCAGCAGCAGUGAGGGCCUGGCACGAGCCCAGGGACUCAGCAGCGAAGCCUCUCUGGAGAGCAAUGACGACUCAGAUCACACACGAAAAAACUCAGUUCGCAGACAAACGAAGAGUUAUAUGAAGACCAAGAAUCGUUGCAACAACAAUGACAGCCAGAUGUCUCCCAGCACCGGGACUUCCAGGACUGCCUGUUCCCCAGGAUCUACUCCCCAAACUGAGAAGCUCCCCUACUCAGGACCCCAGGACCUUGCUGCGCUGCUGGAGCAGAUUGGGUGUCUGAAGUACCUGCAGGUGUUUGAGGAACAGGAUGUGGACCUCCGCAUCUUUCUGACCCUCACCGAGAGCGACCUGAAGGAAAUAGGCAUCACGUUGUUUGGGCCCAAAAGGAAGAUGACUUCUGCCAUCGCCCGCUGGCACAGCAGCGCCCGCCCCCCCAGUGAUGCCCUGGAGCUGGCCUAUGCCGACCGGCUGGAGGCUGAGAUGCAGGAGCUCGCCAUCCAGCUGCACAAACGCUGUGAGGAGGUGGAGGCCAUGCGCGGCCAGGUGUCCCAGGAGCAAGAGCUGCGGGCCGUGGUGGAGAGCUGUCUGCUGGAGCAGGAUGGUGCCCGCAAGGCCGUCCACACCCAGCUGCAGGAGACCUGGGCCCUGGCCCGGGAAGCUGCCCUCAUCCUGGACCAGCUGCGAGCCUGUCAAGUUGAGCUGUCAGCCCGAGUGAGGCAGGAUCAGUCCCCCAGUGUGGCCACCCUGGGCCCAGCCCUCCUGUCAGCUGGAGGGUCUCCUGGGCACAGGGGCUCAGGACACAGACCCCAAGCCAACUCAACCCUCUGCACCACAGACUCCAAAGGCUGGCAAGUGUCCCUGCAGGCCAUGAGCCUCCCUGAGCUGUCAGGAGCCCUGGAGGACCACAUCCAUGAGAUGGGGCGAGCACUAUGCUCAGUGACCCAGAGCCUGGAGAAGCUGCAGGUGCUGAACGGGAAGGAGAAGUGGCGGGAGCCCUAGCUGGGAGGGAUGAAUCUGACGUUGGGUGAUUGAUCCACCCUGAAGUUGUGUGCCAGGAAGACAGGAGGGCAGUGAGCAGGCAGCUGCAGCAGCUCAGGCCCCAGUCCGGGCCGGAAGAUCAGGCCCCAGGGACCAGCCGGCAGACAGAGGCAGGACGGAGCUGCAGCCCCUGCCCAGGCAGCUUAGGCUAGCACUGAGGCAGGAUGAGGACUUGUCACUCAGAACCUGGCAGUAAGGCCCAGAGCUCAUGGACCACCCUGGCCCAGGCCAGGCAGGGCCUUGGGAAGAGAAUGUGUCCCCAUACAUGCAGGCGCCACACUGAGGUUUGACUUUAAGGGUGAGGACUAAGGCACCUGGAAAAUGUUAUUUUGUUGGAAAAUAAAAUUUAAGGUUACCUGGUGA